AUGUCUUUCCUCAGCACAACAGCAAAACUAGAACACCACACCCCUCUUCCCCCAGGCACCACCCGCGCCCAAGCCAUCGCCAUGCUCUCCGACUACGACUUCUACUUCCACUGCAACCCGCACAUGGACAAAUACGAACUGAUCCCGCCAUCCCAGCACGCCAGUCUCAACCCGCCGCCUUCUAUCCCUGAUUCCGUCGCUGCUCAGUUGCGUACCUCUAGCACCCCCCCGCCGACCGCAAAUGGGAAUGGGAAAGUGGAGGUUGGGGAAAAGGGAGGAGAUGAGCAGCCGACGACAAGCUGCUACCGCGUAACAGACAUCGUGCACGCCAUCCCGGCCGGGAUUUGGGAUACCAAUGUUGUUAGCACGUACGAGUUGACCAAGAUUCGGGAUGGGCUCUUUGUGCGGAUUCGGAGUCCGUUGUCGACUAUGUUGGAGACGUUUUGGGAGAUUCGUGAUCUCCCCGAUAGCCCUGCAGGAGAGGGUGGAGGAGGGGGUGGUAGUAGUAGUAGUGGGGAGGAAGGAGGGGGAGGAGGGCUGAAAGAAGGGGGAGUGUCGAGGUUGGAAUUGGUGGAGAGUGUUACAGCGACCAGUUCGAGGUUUUUGGUGGGGAUUGUUAAGGCGUCGUGUGAGAAUGGGUGGAGGGAGAUUCAUGGGACUAUGGUUGGGCGGUUGGAGGGUGAGUUGAGGGGGGUGAGGUGGAGUAGGUGA